GUUAUUGUGUGUGUGUGUGUGUGUGUGUGUGUGUGUGUGUGUGUGUGUGUGUGUGUGUGUGUGUGUGUGUGUGUGUGUGUGUGUGUGUCAGAUAGCGGAGCUGGUGGUGGAUAACAGCCGCUCAGCAGACGGUCAGGUGGAGGGUCUGACGGACGCCUUCACUGAGCUGGAGUUCCUCAGCAUGGUCAACGUGGGCCUGAGCUCUCUGAGCAAACUGCCCUGUCUGCCCAAACUACACAAGCUGGAGCUGAGCGACAACAACCUGUCCGGCUCUCUGGAGACGCUCUCAGAGAAAUGUCCAAACCUCACCUACCUGAACCUGAGCGGGAACAAGAUCAAAGAGCUGAGCAACGUGGAGGCUCUGGUGAGAGAAACA